UAGAAGGGUAAAAUCGUCAACAGAUAUAUGUAAACCUAAAACCCUUUGGGCUGCGGUCUUCUUUCUUCCUUCUCAAGCACACUGUUCUGCUCAAAAACCCUUCCCUCAGCCCGCAGAAUCAAUCCCCAAUUCCCCAAAUCUCUCUGUGAAAUCCCCCAAUUUUAUUCUUUGGUUGUAAUUCAUAUUCAAUUCUUCCUCCAUCAGCUAUGUCAGCGUCUAGGGUUUUGACUCGCGUCUCCCGGGGCCUCAGCCGUAGCGCUCUGCUUGUCUCUCCCGCGCAGAAGCAACGUUUCUCUGUCCUCUCCGGCCAAUUCCACAGCUCCUCACAUGAUUCUCCGGUACAGGCUCAUGUGUUGAAUCAAUUUCCUCAUAGUUCAUCCUUGUUGCAACGAUUUGGAAUCUCCUCAUCUGCUACCCCUGAACCAGAAAAGGAGCAGGGGAAUACUGCAGAGAAGGAGAGUGCUGAGGCCACAAAAGGAGGUGAGGAAACGAAAGCGCCUGAUCAAGUGGGAAAAUCAGAUUCAGAGAGCGAGGAUGAGCUAUCAAUGGAGGAUUUGGUGAAACUUGUGGCGGAGAAGGAAGAACUUCUGAAAGCGAAGCACAAACAGAUUGAGGAAAUGCAAGACAAGGUCCUGAGAAGCUACGCAGAAAUGGAAAAUGUGAUGGACAGGACUAGGCGAGAAGCUGAGAAUGCAAAGAAAUAUGCCGUACAGAGUUUUGCGAAAAGCUUACUGGAUGUUGCUGACAAUCUGGGAAGAGCUUCUUCUGUUGUCAAAGAGGGUUUCAGUAAGAUUGAUACUUCAAAAGAUGCCAGUGGUGCAGUUCCGUUGUUAAAAACUCUCCUGGAAGGCGUUGAAAUGACUGAGAAGCAGCUCUUGGAGGUAUUUAAAAAAUCUGGAAUUGAAAAAUAUGAUCCGACAAACGAACCAUUCGAUCCACACCGGCACAAUGCGGUCUUUCAAGUACCUGAUGGUUCAAAACCUCCGGGCACAGUCGCGGCUGUUCUAAAGCCUGGGUACAUGCUCUAUGACAGAGUUCUGCGACCGGCUGAAGUUGGGGUGACCAAGGAGGUGGAGAACAACAAUGACACAUCUGACAACUGAUAAGCUGUAGCUCGAAACACCAUAUGGCGCUGGAAAAUUUGGUUGAGCAAUUCAAGAAAUGAUGGAACACCUUCAAAUCCAUGUAUCUGGAAAUGUUGGCAGGAGGAGGUUUCUGACAACUUUCAAAAUUUUGCAUCUGCCUGUGAGAGAAACAUAAACUGUUCUAGCAUAGCUUAAAGAGGCAUCUAGCGAGUUGAACCUUUUUUUUUUUAGCCUUUUUCCCUCAUAUUUAUUGUGUAUCAACGUAGGAGAAGAUCUCCUUAUUUUGGUUGCCAGAAAAUUUUUUGCUUUUUCUUGCCAGUCCAGGAUAAAAUAUAUCAAGAUGAGUCUGCUCAUUUUCUGUA